AUGAUGAAAGUGAGUAGUCUGACCUGCAACAUGUUAAAAAGCUGUUUGGACAACUUUCCAGGCCAGCCUCGAUCGCCCGGCUGGCCCGAUCGUGCCGGCCAUCUCGGCCAGGAGUGCUCCGGGGCUGGGACGUCCUGGCCGACGGACUGUCGGCACCGACGCCGA